AGUAGAACUCACCAUGAUUUUGUGCGUUCUAUGUGAAAUUUGAAAGAAGCGCUCAAAAGAGACACACUGGAAAAAAUCCAGGAAAUCAGUCACACGAGAGCUCCUCUGCCUGAGCAUAAGAAUCGAUUGCAGGGUCCGACUAAUUUCAUUCUGCUUUAGACUUCCCUACUUUCCAAUGCGGUUAUACGAGCUUCCCACGAGACCACCACUUGGUGAACGUGAAUGCACGACCGAAUUAGCUCGACUAUUGGAAACCUCACCAAGAAUUGCCAUAUUACUGAAUAGUAUUGCUGCUCUUAACAAGGGAGCUUUGCGUCGAGGUAUUACUUGCCGCUCAUGCGCUGGAACUCAACAACAGACCCGGAUGGGUUAUUACGAUGGCAACUACAAAAGGGUGGUUAUCUGUUGUGAGAAUAUCCGGUCUCGGGAAGAUUUGGAAGAAACGGUCAUACACGAACUCGUUCAUGCUUUUGAUGCGACUCGGAAGGGCAAAUUUAACAGCAUAUGUCAUUUGAUUGCCUGUGGCGAAGUCCGGGCAAGUGCGCUUGCUCAAUGUGUCAAUAUCAAGUCAAAAGAUAAAAAACGGGAGUGUAUUCUCAGAGACGCUAUACGUUCGACGCAACAACACUGUGGGUCCGCGGCCGAAGCCAUUGUUCGUGAAGUCUAUGAAGGUUGUCUCAAGGAUUACGCCCCAUUCUCCUCCAACGCAUCCUGAUGAUGACGGUGACUAUAUGAAAAUUUCUUAACCGA